AUGGGAUCAAUUGAAAAGGCCAACGGUUUGGCCCAAGACACGAUUCUGAUCAUUUCCCCAGGAGACCCAAGACAAGAGAUUAUCGAUGGCAUCCAGUCACGACACCCUGGAGUAAAGAUCCAUUGGAACUCGAUGAAAGAAACACCACUCACUGUGGAAGACAUACCUCAAAACAUUUGGGAUACAGUCACGAUAUUAUGGGGAUUCCACGUACCCGCAGACGCUGUGAUGCCAAACCUUCGCUUUGUGCAAUUGAGCUCGGCUGGCGCUGAUCACUGGGCGUCAAAUCCCCAUUAUCAAGAUCCAAAUACCGUGUUUUGCACCUCCAAUGGCGCCCAUCCACCACAGAUAGCUGAAUGGGUGAUCGGAAGCUGGCUUUCUCAUCAACACCAGUUCUUGAAGUACAGCAACUAUAUGAAAGAAGGCUAUUGGGAGCCGCUCUUCCAGACCACCUUCCAAGACUCCUGGGGUCUUCGAAUGGGAAUCCUCGGAUAUGGUGCGAUCGGAAGGCAGUGUGCCAACCUGGCAAAAGCUUUAGGCAUGGACGUAGUAGCCUACACAGCACGGGAGAGACCCACGCCAGAGUCGAGAAAGGAUGACAGCUACUGUGUGCCCGGUACUGGCGACCCCGACGGGCUGAUCCCAUCAAAAUGGUUUCAUGGCACAACUCAAGAAAGCGUCAACCACUUCCUAGACCAAGAUCUUGACAUCGUGGUAAUCUGCCUCCCGCUGACGGCAUCGACGAGAAACAUGAUUUCCAGACAGCAGUUUGAGAUCCUGGCGAAGAAGAAGACCUUUUUGAGUAACAUUGCCAGAGGCGGCCAUGUGAACACCGAGGACCUGAUCGAGGCACUGGAGAAAGGCAUGAUCAGAGGAGCAGCUGUGGAUGUGACUAAUCCAGAGCCGCUUCCCAAAGAGCACCCACUGUGGAAAGCACCAAAUCUUUUGAUAACACCUCACGUUAGCUGGUCGUCAACAAACCACUGGAGUCGAGUGUAUGCGAUUUUUGAACAUAACCUUGGGGUGCUCGCCGGCAACAAGGGGAACUUUGUAAACAAAGUCGACAAGCAGCGACAUUAUUAG